GUCGCCCUGAUAUAUGAUGCCUCGAGUUCCUCUCCACAGAGCCUUUUAAUCAUAUUUCUCAAUUUUCCGUGUCCUUCUUUCCCUUGAGUGGUCAGCAGCAGGGAGCACGCGGGGUCCAGUACUUUCGACACCACCGCAGUUGAAUCACUUAAUACCCCCUCACCGGCACCGUACUCGCUUCUUAUUCCUGCUUGUUGAUUCCAGUAUCGCUUUAUAGUGAUCUCAGUCAAAACCUCGAGCGAUUCACGUCCGAAAGCCCCGUCUCGAAAUACGACCAAAGCCCCUCGUCAUGUCCUGCAAAUCCUCAGUAACCACGGCCGUGUCCGCCCCCGGCAAGGUGUUGCUCACUGGUGGUUACCUCGUUCUGGACCGGAAUUACACAGGCACCGUCUUUGCUCUCAAUGCUCGGAUUCAUGUCGUCGUGGAACAAUUGCGAAAGGGGCAAAAAGUACAAAACGGAAGCGCCGAAGCUGAGAAUGACAAUGUAGACCUGAUUGUCGUUCGCUCACCUCAAUUUGUUGGUGCAGUUUGGGAAUAUGCUAUUCAGCGCGUCGACAAUGGCGGUGGGAUCAAGGUUGUACAGAAGAACGAUGGGCGUGCCAAUCCUUUUGUCGAAACAUCGUUGAACUACGCUUUAACUUAUAUCAGCUACGUGGCCGAUUCCAAGGAUUUUGGAUCACUGUCUAUCACUAUCCUUGCUGACAAUGACUACUACUCGGAAACGGCAUUCUCAAAGGCUUCAGAGCGCAAGGCGGGGGGAUUCGUAAACUUUGGUGUUCCUCUCCAUGAGGCGCACAAGACUGGUCUUGGUUCAUCUGCAGCCUUGGUCACUUCGUUGGUGUCCGCGAUGGUAAUUCAUCGGACCAUGCAGCCGGAUGAUCUUGGUGCGGCUCGUGAUAAAUUGCACAACCUGGCGCAGGCCGCCCAUUGUGCUGCUCAAGGAAAGGUGGGGUCCGGAUUCGACGUUGCUGCCGCUGUCUAUGGCUCUUGCCUCUACCGCAGAUUCUCCCCUUCCAUCUUGGAAUCCGUCGGUGAUGCGGGUAGCCCUGGAUUUGAAGAAAGGCUUUUCAAGGUCGUGGAGGAUGCUGAUCCUGAUCACCCUUGGGAUACAGAGUGUCUGGAUUUUGGCAUGACUCUUCCUCGUGGCAUGCAAAUGGUUCUCUGCGAUGUUGAAUGUGGUUCGCAGACCCCGUCCAUGGUCAAGAAGGUGUUGGAGUGGCGGAAGCAAAAUAAGCAGGAAGCCGACCUUCUUUGGGACGCUCUUCAAUCAAAUAAUGAGAGGCUUGUUCUCGAGCUCAAGCAGCUGUCUCAGAACCCCGACAAAGGCUAUGACGAGGUUCACAGUUUACUCCAGCGCUCUCGCAGCCACAUCCGCAGCAUGACUAGCAAAACCAAUGUUCCCAUUGAACCAAAGGUGCAAACGGAGUUACUUGACGCUAUUUCCGGUGUUGACGGGGUGGUUGGUGGCGUUGUUCCAGGCGCUGGGGGCUAUGAUGCUCUUGCAGUCUUGCUUCGUGACGAGGCGGAGGUUAUAGAACGGUUAAAACAACUCUUUGAGAAUUGGCAGAGUAAGGUGGAGGAUGACUUUGGCGGUAAGAUCGGCAAGGUAUUGGGUAAUGGCGGUCCAGAUAUCAGGGGCACACUCGCACACCUUUUGCCUCUUCCACUCCCUAAAGUAGCCCCUCGUGCAGAAGUUGAGCAUUUCACAUCCCGGUUGCACCAUGGCCAAUAA